AUGGUCAUGCUGUUCAACGACGACCAGUCCCAGAAGGCCAUCUUCGAGACCGGCUCCUUCACUGGCUACCGCCCUCUCCUCGAGCUGGGAAGCGGCUAUCUCAGCGCAACCGACGACUUCAAGCAGCCGCUAUGCGGUAAUGAAGAGGGAUGGGGGCCUAUGAGCCCCUUCCGCUAUGACUUCACGCCCUGUUUCAUUGACGUGUGGGUCGCGUCUGUUGCGGUACUGCUUGGCAUCGUCUGCGGGCUCCUCGCUGUAGUAUGGCUUCUGCGCCGUAAGCAGCCAACUGAGAUCUCGAAGGAUUGGCACUUCUGGACUAAACAGACACUUCUGGUUCUCGUAAUCGUGGACUUCGUCACACAACUGGUCAUCCAAAUAAUCAACUACCCCAAUAUAUGGUUCGGCGACUUUCGAGUAUGGACGACGGCUCUUACCAUCAUCUCUCUUUUCGUCGUAUUUACAAUUCAAUGGCUCGAGCAUACAAGGCUACGAAACGCCAAUGGCGUGGUGCUGUUCUACUGGCUGCUCCUUCUCAUCGCCCUCGGUGUCAAACUACGAUCCCUUGUGUCUCAGCAGAUCUACGACAAGAACUUGCCGUACUUUGUGACAUAUACCGUUGGCGUGGGGCUAUCACUGGUCGAGUUUCUCUUUGAAUGGAUGUGGCCUAAGAGAGUGAGUGCUUACGAGGCUCUCAUUGAUGAGGAGGAAUGUCCCGAGGAAUACGCAACCAUCUUUUCACGACUCACAUUCUCAUGGAUGACGCCUCUGAUGAAGUUCGGCUACAAGCAAUUCUUGACGGAGGAAGACCUCUGGGCGCUUCCGAAGGGCGACACUACCCGUGAGACAGGCCAGAGUUUCGAGAAGGCUUGGGCGCAUGAGCUCACCCGGAAGCACCCAUCCCUAUGGCUUGCUAUGUUCCGGGCGUUUGGAGGUCCCUAUGCUCUUGGUGCUAUCUUCAAGGCAGCGAAUGAUGUCUCGGCCUUCGUGCAACCUCAACUGUUGCGGUUUUUGAUCGCCUUCGUCGCCUCCUAUGAGAAAGGCAGAGAGCCACAGCCGGUCAUCAAAGGUGCUUCUAUCGCACUUGCUAUGUUCGCCGUGGCAUGUUUUCAAACCUCGAUGAUUCACCAGUACUUUCAAGUCGCCUUCACGUCCGGAAUGCGUAUCAAGGCUGGUCUGACAUCGACUAUAUAUCGGAAGUCCCUGAAGCUCUCCAACGAGGGUCGUGCCUCGAAGACGACCGGAGACAUCGUCAACUAUAUGGCUGUAGAUGCGCAGAGAUUGCAAGAUCUUACACAAUUCGCUCAGCAAGUCUGGUCUGCUCCGUUUCAGAUCACCCUCUGCAUGAUCUCUCUAUACAACCUUGUAGGAUGGUCUAUGCUUGCCGGAAUAGGGGUAAUGAUUUUCAUGGUACCUAUCAAUGGCUUUAUCGCACGAUUUAUGAAGACGCUACAGAAGGAGCAGAUGAAAAACAAAGACGGAAGGAGCAGGCUUAUCGCCGAAAUCAUCAACAACAUGAAAAGCAUCAAAUUGUACGCCUGGGGUGCUGCGUUCAUGAACAAACUCAACUACAUCCGAAACGAGCAGGAACUGAAGACUCUUCGGAAGAUUGGAGCAGCUCAGGCGUUUGCCAACUUCACCUGGAGCACUACGCCAUUUUUGGUAUCAUGCCUGACCUUCACCGUCUUCGUGCUCACCCACGAUCAACCCCUAACAACGGAGAUCAUCUUCCCAGCCCUUGCCCUCUUCCAGUUGCUUACCUUCCCACUUGCCGUGUUCCCCAUGGUUCUUUCCUCAAUUAUCGAAGCGAGCGUUGCUGUGGGUCGAUUGACUUCUUUCCUGACCGCCGAGGAGAUUCAGGAUGAUGCCGUAUUGCUCAGACCAUCCGUUGAGGAGACUGGUGAGGAGACGGUUGUAAUCAAGGAGGCAACGUUCUCGUGGGAUCGUCAUGGUAACAAACACGCCCUUGAACACAUCAACUUUACAGCACACAAGGGAGAACUCUCUUGUAUUGUUGGCCGGGUUGGUGCGGGCAAGUCCUCGUUCCUCCAGAGUAUCCUAGGAGAUCUGUGGAAAGAACAAGGCGAAGUACAAGUUCACGGCACAAUUGCGUAUGCUGCUCAGCAGCCUUGGAUCAUGAAUGCAACGGUCAAGGAGAAUAUCAUCUUUGGAUAUCGCUAUGAUUCCAACUUCUACGAAAAAACCAUCAAGGCAUGCGCUCUCUUGGACGACUUCGCCAUUUUGCCCGAUGGUGACGAGACAGUGGUGGGCGAGCGGGGUAUUUCACUAUCAGGUGGACAGAAAGCCCGAGUUGCUCUUGCCAGAGCCGUCUAUGCCAGGGCAGAUAUCAUCAUUCUGGACGAUGUCUUGUCGGCUGUAGACUCCCACGUCGGCGCACACAUCAUCGCCAAUGUCCUAGGUCCCAAGGGUCUUCUCGCCUCGAAGACUCGAAUCCUCGCAACUAAUUCCAUUCCCGUUCUCGCUGAGUCUGACUACAUUUGUAUGCUGCGGGAUGGCGAGAUCGUUGAGAAGGGUACCUAUAGGCAGCUUAUAGCAAUGAAAGGCCUAGUAGCUGAAUUGUGCAAGAGUACUGGUAGGAACGAGUCAGAGCCCUCCUCUUCAGCUGCAAGCCCUAGUGGAUCGGACAGCGAGACCUCUACCAUCAUCGACGCGGAUAGCAACCAGACGAAGGAGGAGAUGGAGGAAGCGCAAGAGGGCCUGUCAACUCUCCAGCCAAUUCGACCCGGACCGCACUCCAAGAAGCCUAAGCAGCGAACGGAUAGUAUGGCUACCUUGCGUCGAGCUAGCACGGCAAGUUUCCGUGGACCCAGAGGCAAACUACAUGAUGAAGAGGCACCCAGCAGCAAGACAAGGCAGGCCAAAGAGCACAACGAGCAGGGUAAAGUCAAGUGGUCUGUCUACACAGAAUACGCAAAGUCGAAUAAUCUGGUCGCGGUAUUCAUCUACCUCUUCACUCUCAUUGCGGCCCAGACUGCUCAGAUUGGAGGCAGCGUCUGGCUGAAACACUGGGCUGAAGCGAACGACAAGGCUGGCUUCAAUCCUGACGUUGGAAAGUACAUUGGUAUCUAUUUUGCCUUUGGAAUUGGGUCUGCUGCCUUGACAGUGGUUCAAACGCUCAUACUAUGGAUCUUCUGCUCGAUCGAAGCCUCUAGGAAGCUACAUGAGCGGAUGGCAACGGCGAUCUUCCGCUCCCCGAUGUCGUUCUUUGACACUACGCCUGCUGGCAGAAUCCUAAACAGAUUCUCAAGCGACAUCUAUCGUGUUGAUGAGGUCCUCGCCCGUACCUUCAACAUGCUCUUCGUAAAUCUAGGGAAGUCGGGCUUUACCUUGGGCGUUGUAUGUGUUACCGUUCCAGCUUUCAUAGCACUUAUCAUACCGUUGAGUGCUAUGUACGUUUGGAUUCAAAGGUACUAUCUCCGUACCUCUCGAGAGCUCAAGCGGUUGGACAGCGUCAGCCGAAGUCCUAUCUAUGCUCACUUUCAGGAGUCUCUUGGCGGUCUGUCUACCAUUCGGGCAUACCGACAGCAGCAGAAAUUCGAGCUCGAGAACGAGUGGCGUGUGGACGCCAAUCUUCGGGCUUAUUUCCCAUCUGUCAGUGCCAAUCGUUGGCUCGCCAUCCGUCUUGAGUUCAUCGGUGCAAUUGUCAUUCUUGCAGCUGCUGGUCUCGCCGUCAUCUCCGUCGCGGGCCACAGCGGGCUCACUUCGGGUAUGGUGGGUCUAGCCAUGUCGUACGCCUUACAGAUUACCACAUCCCUCAACUGGAUUGUUCGUCAAACUGUCGAGGUUGAGACGAACAUCGUAUCUGUCGAACGUGUUCUUGAGUACGCCCGCCUGCCAAGCGAGGCACCGGAGAUCAUUGCUCGCAACCGUCCACCUGUUAGCUGGCCAGCAAAUGGAUCGGUUGCAUUCAACAACUAUAGUGCCAGAUAUCGUGAGGGACUUGAUCUUGUCUUGAAGAACAUCAAGCUUGAUAUCAAGUCUCACGAGAAGAUCGGCGUCGUAGGCAGGACUGGUGCUGGCAAGAGUUCUUUGACACUGGCACUCUUCCGCAUCAUUGAAGCCGACAGUGGUCACAUCAGCAUUGACAACAUCAACACUUCGACAAUCGGUCUACUAGAUCUUCGUAGGCGUCUCGCUAUCAUUCCACAAGAUGCGGCUCUUUUCGAAGGCACCAUCCGUGACAAUCUCGACCCUGGCCACGUACACGAUGAUACCGAACUAUGGAGCGUCCUUGAACACGCCCGGCUAAGGGAUCAUGUAACGAGUAUGGAUGGUGGUCUAGAGGCUAAGAUCCACGAAGGAGGUUCGAACCUGUCGCAGGGUCAGCGCCAACUCGUAUCUCUAGCGCGUGCGAUGCUCACACCCUCCAACAUCCUGGUUUUGGACGAGGCCACAGCUGCGGUGGAUGUGCAGACCGACGCCAUGCUGCAGACGACACUACGAAGCCCAAUGUUCUCGAACCGCACCAUCAUCACCGUCGCUCACCGAAUCAACACGAUUCUGGACAGCGAUAGGGUGGUGGUUCUCGAGAAGGGCGAGGUGGCAGAGUUUGAUACCCCCCAGGCGCUAAUCAAAAAGAAGGGUGUCUUCUACGGGCUCGUCAAGCAGGCGGGCCUGGACACGGAGGGGGAUGGGGAGGAGUGA